AUGGUUCAUGGCUGUACAAAAAAGGUUCGUCCAGACAAUUGCAGCUCUAGUACGCAUCCCUCAAGUAAUCAAAACCAAUGGGAAAACGAUACGGCAGAAAAAGAGAAAAUUGGGGAAGCUGAGGUUGAGAAGGAAAAGGAUGUUGAUUAUCUGUCUUCCAUAGAGGUACUGAUAAUUGAUCAUGCAGAUGUAAUAGCAAUGCAGAAUUGGUCUCAUGUAAAUUCUGUGGUUGAACAACUGAACUGCUUGCCAUCAAAGCAGCAUGGAACUGAUGUCAUGCGCAUUAGACAUUGGUAUCUUGAUGGACAAUCGCGGUUCUAUAGACAAACCAUUGUUUUAGGGUCAUUUGUAAACCCAGACAUAAAUGCACUUUUCAAUAGCCUUUGUGUAAACUAUGAAGGAAAGGUGAAGUUGAUCUCUGAGUAUAAAGGUGUUCUUCCAAAAGUGUUGCUUCAAGUGCGGCAGAUUUAUGAGCGUUUUGAUGCAAGUUCAAUCAUUAAUGCUGAUGAUUCUCGGGUAGAUUAUUUUUCUAAAAAGGUGUUCCCUAAAAUAAAAGAUUCAGUGCAAGGUGGAAUUAUGAUUUUUAUCAGUUUGUACUUCGAGUUUGUUCGAAUUAGGAAUUUCUUGAAAUCGCAAAAUGCAUCCUUUUGUUUGCUUGAUGAGUACACAAAGCAGAGUGAUAUAUCUCGUGCACGGGGUUGGUUUUUUCAAGGAACAAGAAAGAUCAUGCUCUAUACUGAGAGAGCGCACUUCUAUCACAGAUACAAGAUUCGUGGCAUACAGAAUUUAAUUAUAUAUUCUCUUCCAGAAAGGAAAGAACUUUAUCCAGAGAUUGUUAAUAUGCUUGAAGGAUCGGAUAAUAUGGCUUGCACUGUACUAUUCUCCCGCUUCGAUCAGUAUAGGCUUGAGAGAAUUGUUGGAACUGCUUCUUCGAAAAGGAUGGUGUCAUCUGAGAAGAACGUCUUCAUUUUCUGUUAGAGGACUAUUUAAUGUGCUUGGACAGAAAUUACCAUUAUUUCAGCCAUAAUUUGGAGGUAGUAAUCCGUUGAUGCUGGACAGUUCAAAUUGUAAAAUCCUCUCAUUUGUGAAAGCGAAGGUCAUCAUCGGCUGAACAUAGUUUUUUUAACAGAUUCAAUAUGGGCUGAAAAGUGACAAGGGGGGAUUGGGCUGGGACUGGGAGUGUGGUGUUGAUCAAGAAAAUUUUGUAGGUGAUUAGUCAUAUUCUGUUUUUGCAACCAAGUUUUUGUCCUGAAUUAAUAUUUUAUUGAUCAAUCCAUUAGAUAGCUGACCAUUACUGAGGA